GUUGAACUGAAAAGGUCAUUAAUAGCUGUUACAGUUCAGCCACAUGAGGCGAAAGAAGACAUCUUCCUUGCUGAUGAAUUCGCUUCACAUGUACACAAACGUGCUAUUGAAGGUAAUAUGCACAGGAAUCGUUAUGUAGAGACCUUGGUAGUAGUAGACAAGAAGAUGAUCAGAAAUCAUGGCGAGGAGAAGAUAACUCCAUAUGUGCUGACAGUACUCAACAUGGUCACCAGUUUAUACAAAGAUGCUUCAUUGGGAAACACAAUUAAUAUCGUUCUUGUUAGUUUGCUUCUACUACAUGAUGAUCAGCCUGGAUUGAACAUUGAUCAUCAUGCAGAUCACUCUUUAAACAGCUUUUGUCAAUGGCAGUCUACAUUAACAACUCCUAACGGCACUCAACAUGAUCAUGCUAUACUCCUGACUGGAAUGGAUAUCUGCUCCUGGAAGAAUGAACCUUGUGAUACACUUGGAUUUGCUCCUAUUGGUGGCAUGUGUAGCAAGUAUCGAAGCUGUACUAUUAAUGAAGAUACAGGCCUUGGUCUUGCCUUUACAGUAGCUCAUGAAUCAGGUCAUAGCUUUGGCAUGGUCCAUGAUGGAGAUGGUAAUGAGUGUAAGAAAUCCAGUGGUCAUGUCAUGUCACCUACAUUGUCUGGUAACAAUGGACGUUUUGUGUGGUCAUCUUGCAGUCAGGAGUAUAUUUCUGACUUCCUCAGUUCCAGUCGAGCCAGCUGCACUGAGGAUGAGCCUAAAGGUAUUACCAAGUACCAGUUUCCAAGUAAGCUCCCUGGGGAGCUGUAUGAUGCUGAUAAACAGUGCCAGUGGCAGUUUGGACCUCGGGCUAGGCUCUGUUCGUUCAACUUUGGAAAGUCUUUAUGCCAGUCUAUAUGGUGUCACCGUGAUGAAAGAAGAUGUGAAACUAAAUUCCUACCAGCAGCUGAUGGUACACCAUGUGGUAAUGAGCAAUGGUGUAUACGCGGAGAAUGUAUAAAUAGGCAUCAAAGAGGACCUGAGCCUAUAGAUGGAAGCUGGUCACAGUAUGCAGACUAUUCAAGCUGUUCCAGAACAUGUGGUGGAGGGAUACAGUAUAAGCAAAGAGCUUGUGAUAAUCCUGCACCUGAGCAUGGUGGCAAAUACUGUGAGGGAUCAAGUCAUAUCUACAGAAUGUGUAACAUACAGGAGUGUUCGACCGAUGCAGUGGACUUCCGUGCCAAGCAGUGUGCUUCUUAUAACAGCCGACCAUUCAGAGGUUUCUACUAUGAAUGGCAACCAUACGUACACACAGAAAGAAAGGAAGCUUGUAAGCUUUAUUGUAUGGCUGAUGGGUUUGAUUUCUAUUUUCCGCUAAGUUCCAAGGUGCACGAUGGUACACAAUGCAGUCGAAAUGGGCCAGAUGUAUGUAUCAAUGGUGUUUGUCAGAAAGUUGGAUGUGAUCAUGUACUUGGGUCUGAUGCUAAACCGGAUGCCUGUGGGGUUUGUCAAGGAAAUAACGCUACAUGUGAUUUUGUAAAAGGACUCUUCACAGAACAACACACAGAUAAUGAUUAUUACAUGAUUGUGAAUAUACCAGCCUAUGCCAGACAUAUCAGGAUAGCUGAAGUGUCACCAUCAACCAGUUAUCUAGCCCUACGUAAUGCAAGAUUCAAGUAUUACCUGACAGGAGCAUGGACUGUAGAUUGGCCUGGUAAUUUUGACAUUGCUGGUACCACAUUUGCAUACAGGCGACCCUACAAUAUGCCCGAAUAUCUGGAGGCUAUUGGACCUACUAAUCAAGAUUUAGUUGUUGAGAUAUUAUUACAGGGUAUAAACCCUGGCGUUACCUAUGAGUACACGGUGGAAAGAGAUGACCUAAAGUCAAUACAGCCAUUACAUGACUACACAUGGAAUGUAACAGAGUCAGAAUGUUCAACUUCAUGUGCUGGAGGUAUAUUAACAUCAGAUGUAUAUUGUUUGCAAGAUAACACAACAGAAGUGGACAAUUCCUUUUGUGAUAAUGCAACAAUGCCAAGAAGUGGUGUUUUUGACUGUAAUUUGGGACCAUGUCCAGCAAGGUGGGUUGCAUCUAGUUGGAUGGAAUGUAGCAAGUCAUGUGGCUCAGGGCGCCAGAAACGACGUGUCAAGUGCAUGAGACUUCUAAGAGAUGACAUUGAUAAAAGUGUAAAGGAAAGCUUCUGUGAAGGUUCCAAACCUAGAAGAAGAAGAAACUGUAAUAUGCACGACUGUCCUGCUCGUUGGAUACCAUCAGCUUGGUCAGAUUGCUCAACGUCUUGUGGUGAUGGUUUCAUGACACGAUCUGUUGAUUGUCAGAGUAUCAACAGAAAUGGUCACCAUAAAGUCAAGCCGAUAGCCUUGUGUAGGGGAACGCAGCAACCAGCUGUACACAAAGCUUGCAACCUUAAAACAUGCCCACGGAUAGUUCAGUGGUAUAUUUCUGCUUGGAGCGAGUGUACAGUAACAUGUGGUAUGGGACGCCGUUCACGUAGGAUCAGUUGUAGCUUCAUGAACAGACAGGGUCAAUUUCGAGAGAUUGAUGACAAAGAGUGUAGUCAUCUUAAAAAACCACAUGUAGCUUCCACGAAACCUUGUCAUAGAGGCAUAUGUGAAUCACAUUCAGGAAAAUGGCAAACAUCACAUUGGUCACAGUGUUCACAGACAUGUGGUGGUGGUAUCAAGUCUCGUCAAGUCCAGUGCUUGAAGUCUCAGGAAACUGCAGAUGAUUGUAAUACAAAGAACAAACCUGCUGCAAGCCAGAGCUGCAGCUCUGAACCAUGUCCAUGGAAUGCAACACCUGUUUGCAUUGAUUCAUACAACUGGUGUUACCUUGUGCCACAACAUCAAAUGUGCGGACACCACUUCUAUGGACCCAAAUGCUGCUACUCCUGCAAACACAGUACCUGAUGUCUUCUGCCUGUAUGAACAAGAUGGAGGGCAACACAGUGGUUUAUUAUUGCUAGACACACAAAUGGUCAGAUGUCUAUUAAAUGCCUAAAAUUUGUCACCUAUUUACAAUCCAUGUCACAGCAUUGUACUCUACUAAACAUGUCUGUACAAUCCCUAGGAAAACCAAUACCACCCCUAGAAAAACCAAUGGACAUAGUCAAGACACUUGAUGCUAUCUUGUAGGUCUCAGACCUGUGUCAAGUCACAUGUUGUAAUUGUUUGAUGUAGCUGAUUUGCAUUUAUCUUCCAAAUAGUAAUACAAAAUAAUUGUUGCAAAGAUCUGUGGCCUGGUUGCUGGAGCUGUGUGUUUUUCCAUGCAUGGUAAUGGAGCUGUGUGUUUUUCCAGGCAUGGUAAAUGCAAGUACAUUGUUUGAAGAUCAGUUCUAUGGUUGCCUUGCAAGACCUGUGAUUUUGCAUUUCAGUUUUGCUCCAUUGUUCAUGAGUAUAGUACAGUCCCAACCGGAACGCUCAAAAUACAUGUAGAUUUAUUUUUUUAAUCCAUGUUGGUUUUAUUCUUUCGUAAAUUAUUGACUUACAUCAAAUCUAUGCAUACUACUGCCUUAAGAACAUUUUAACUGUAAAUACUUGAUAUGGUAGGUUUGUGUAUUUGUGGUAUUCAGGGUAUAAGUGAUGAUGUAUGAGAACAUAAACUUCAAUCAUUGUCUUCCAUUUUGCAUAUCUAAAGAGUUUCUCCACUGUAUGUAUUCGUGUAAAGCAGGGUCAAAUUCAACUUAUUUAUUGGUAUUGGUCGAUGUACAUUAGGAAGUUAUAUUUUUAUUGUGUGAUAGAGUAUCUUUUAUUUAAUUGUGUGUGAAAACUGAUCAUUGAAUGAAUUUGUAUUGUUUAAAAGCUUUUUGAAAAUUGAAAACCAUGCCCACCGGUAUAUUUUCUUAUGAAUGAAGAAAAAAUUGUGUAAAGAAAUUGUUGUCAUGAAAUGCUUUGUAAUGCUGUCUUGUAAUAAUGUGAUCAUAAAGAUUAAUAUCAAAAAAAAAUAGCACAAAUUGUAUUAAAUAGCAUUAUUGAUUGAUUGUAAGUGAAUUAAGAUUUAAAGUUGUGCACUACAUCUUAGAUACACAGUGUGCUCAGUGGUUGCUUGGCAAUCAAUCAAAUGAGUCCAAUUAAUAAUUUUUACCGGACAGCAUACAAACAGUUUGUAUUCAGUUAUACUGUGUAUCAAACAAAUAUUUUUUCAUACGAAUUGCUAGUUUUAGAUGAAAAGAUCAUUCAUGUAUUUUUAUAACAAAUAAAAUUAGAAAAAGUAUAAUGGAGUUUUAGCAACCUACUUUAAAGGCAGUGGACACUAUUGGAAAUUGUCAAAGACUAGCCUUCACAGUUGGUGUAUCUCAA